AUGGCAAGAAACAUGAAUCUCGAUCCAUGGGCAAAGCCGAGGUAUCAGCUAUGGACUGUAACCAGUGAGGAACCAAAAAACACACCGCUUGUAGAGUAUGGCAAAGGAAACGACAAAAGGUUCACCAUUAGAGUUGUCCAUUGUGGAUAUUUCACUGAUUAUCCAGAAGAACAUUCUAGUUUGUCAAUGACUCCUAUUUUGGAUGAUGAUGCUUUGACAAAUUUCAAAUCAAUAUUUAGGGCACAUCAAUUCCGUGAGAUUGAACAUCUGUAUGUAGAACACAAGCCAGUUUAUGUGCCAACCAAUUUCCCCCACUUCAUGAUGAACUCACCAGCAAAAAGAGUUGAGAAGCUUAUUCAUCUCUUUGUGACAGAACACCCAAUGUCAACAGUUGAUGAUGGAAUAGCAUACAUCAAUCAUAUGCUAAACAUCACCAUUCCCAGAGGAAAGAUGGAAGAUGCAAUGGACAUGGCAAAAGAGAAUGUUAUUGCCUGGAAAGACUUAGUGUAG